ACAAAACACCCACACACCACACCGAACAGUAAAUUUUUCAAACAACUCUCAACUUUAAACACGUUGAAGUUUCCGAUUCUUCUUCACAAGACAAUCAAAGAAUGGCUAAGAAGGAUAGCACUCAGAUGAAGAAGGCAGCAGCAGCUUCCAACAAUGGCACCUCAAUUGGCCAAUCGAUCAAUGAAGUUAUUUCCGCAAUUGAAACCACAUAUAAAGAUUAUUCGAAUACAUUGACUCCAAGAUUGAAAUUAAUUGAUUUAUUUUUAUUAUUUUUAGUGGUAUUGGGAGUUUUACAGUUUUUAUUUGUCUUACUUGUUGGAACAUUUCCUUUCAAUGCAUUUUUAGGAGGAUUUAUUAGUUGUGUUGGACAAUUUGUAUUAACUGUUAGUUUAAGAUUACAAUAUAACGCCGAUAAUAACUCAAUUGAAAGUGAAGAUAAAUAUAAGAAGGAGAUUUUAGAAAAAGAUAUUAGUGAGAUUAAUAGCGGACUGGUAAACGUUGAAAGCUUGGAAGAGGAUGUUCAAUCAAAACCAUUCAAGUAUAUUAGUCCAGAACGAGCAUUUGGAGAUUUUAUUUUUGCCAGUUUAAUUUUACAUUUUAUAGUAUAUCAUUUUAUUAAUUGAAUUAAAUAUAUUCAAUAUACAACAGGGAGAGAAGAGAUCGUAGGAACGAUAACAAAUAAGUGAUUUUUUUUUUUUUUUUUUUCA